AUUACACUUAACACAAGCCCUAGCACCAGCCCAUACUAAUACCCAUUGUGAUAAGCAUAGCUGACUAGAUCUAUCAGCGAUGUCUUCUGGGAAUAAACGACCGUAUAGCCAGCUAUCUGGCGACGACGAUACUAACAAUAACAGCGGAUAUCCAGCUGCUGGUCCCUCAAACACUUUUGAACAACAGCCUCAGAAUGGAAACAAUAUAUCUUCCAGCACGAGCGGUACCACCAUUCCAAGUGCUACGACUGGGGGACCAACGCCGCCGCCGGCGCAGCAGCAGCAGCAACAACAACAACGACAGCAGCAGCAGCAACAGAAUACUGGGGAGCUAGCUGCUAAGAGGCGCAAACCGCGUCGUAAGAAGGGAGAACCCGAGGAGAAUUAUUCGGAAAUUGCCCGGCAGAAGACACAGAAUGCGAGACGUACUGGUCAGGCGUGUGAUCGAUGUCAGGUCAGGAAACUUGCAUGCGACUCGAAUCCGCUCGGCUGCAGCAAGUGCGUCCAAGCUGGUUUGACAUGCUACACAACUGAUCGUGCUACCGGCCAUACGCGUGAACGUGGAGAGCUCGAGCGUCUCCGGGAAGAAAAUACAAGACUAGGAGCAGAAAAUGAACAGCUCCGACGGCAGAUUGCAGGCAUCUCACUGUAUGCGCAGAGUUUGAUGGGAAUACUCACGCAGCAGGGAAUGCCUGUCCCUGCUCCUCAACAAGAUCCAAUAGCCAUUCCCCAGCAGCAACAACAGCAGCCGUCUCAAGAACAAUUGCAGCGGCAACACCGACGGGUGUUUCAGCGUGAACGUGAACAGCAAUUACGGACGCGGGAGCAACGACAGCGACAGGAUCAGCAACUAUGGCAGCAGUCAAUGCCACAGUCCCGACCGCAACAUGGACAGCAGCAGCAGUAUCAACAGAUCCAACAGCAAAAUCAGCAACUGCUGCUGCAGCCAAUGCCACAGCAACAGCAGCUAUUGCAGCAAUCAAUGGCACAGACCCAAUACCAACCUCAACCACAGCAAUAUCAACAAGGCCAACAUCUACAGGUUCAACAACAGGUCCAGCAGGGAAACAACCAAGCUCAAAAUACUUUCGACAGCUCUGAUUCCUCGUAUGGGGUAGACGGCUCUCGAGGGCAACAGACGGCGGAAGACAGAGAACGGAAUCAUCAGCCGAGUCCAAUAGAUAGUUUAGAGGUAAGAUCUGAUGUGUUACAAGGACAAGAGCAAGUCCAACGACCCUUGAGUAUACCCUAUUCAAACAAUGCUGGACUCCAUAAUACUUACCCAAUACCACCCCAAUCAGCUCCAGCCAUUCACGCUGUAUCAACCUCCUCCAAUGUGUCCUAUUUGCCUGGAGCGAAUGCCAUGCCAACACUACCAAACGCUAUACCAGCCUCAGGAACAGCAGCCAUCACCGGGAGCUCUAUGCCUGGUUAUCCGACCCCGCCAGCUGUGACGGACCAGACUCAAAGUCAGAGGCAGGGAGAUAAUUCUGUAAGACAGCAGCAGGGAAACACUAAUAGUGCUAUUCCUUCCUCUUCAUUUCCAAGCAUGACAGGAUUCUAUUCCAAUAACACUGAUACACAGGCCUCCACUACUUGGGCAUUGGAUGGGAACCCAGGUCAGAUUCAGGCUCCCGCACAGCAGGUCUAUACCAGUCAACAGACAUAUGAUGGACAACAAACCCAGAACAUUACUGCUGCUACUACUUAUGCUGCUCAGCAGCUUCCUGAUAACCAGCAGGUUUACGCUGGUCAGCAAUCUCAUAAUGUUCAACAGGGUUACACUCAACCGGCUUAUGAUGCUACUGCUACUUAUGCUGCUCAGCAGCUUCCUGAUAACCAGCAGGUUUACGCUGGUCAGCAAUCUCAUAAUGUUCAACAGGGUUACACUCAACCGGCUUAUGAUGCUACUGCUACUUAUACUGCUCAGCAGAUCCCUGACCCUCAACAGGAGGUUUAUGGUCAACAGACAUACACUGCUCCUUCACCACAAAACAAUGAUAUUAACUCAGCGAACAAUGUUCCUCAGCAGACUCUCAAAGUCGGGCAGAACUACUACUGCCAACCGCAGACCCAAAAUACCCAACAAACCCAGCUUCAAGUCCCAGCUCAACAGGAUCAAGGACAGCCCCAACCUACUACGGCUCAAAGCCAACCUGAUCCUGCCACCUUUGCAGCAAAAUUGCACGCAGAUAAUAGAAAUGCUCAAAACAAUAGCAACGAUGAUGAUAAUAGUGGUGAUGAUAAUUCUAACGUCGAUGCACCUGCCGACCUCGAGGACUCUGAAGCUGAUGCCUUUGCUGACCUUGACGAAACUAAUGAUCUUCUAGCAGGUAUUAUGAAUGCUCCAUUCAUACAAUCCGCUUUAGGGGUUCCCUGGGACGAUAAAGCAAUAACUGAUAUCUGAAUUAUAUAGAUUGCAUCCCUUCUUGCCGGGAUGGUUCGUUCGACUUCGCCUUUUCUUAUAAAUUAUUCUCCCCCCUCGUCUGUUCGGUGGCCAAUUAUCUUGUAGUUUGGGUUCUUGCUUGGCCUUUUCUGGUGGGAGACUGCAGUCUUUUGCGUAUUGGAUAUUGCAUACUGGUGUUUUUGGGCGCCAUGUGUCAUUUAUAUCUUGAUGUUAGUAGCUCUAAUGGAUGAACUUGACAAGC